GCCCGUUGGGAGGAGACUUUCAACUGAAUGAACCAUGUGGAGCGCCACCGGUCCGGAAGAGGCAGGAGCAGAGCAAGGUCUCCGAAGCGACAAUGUAAGCGUGACGACUUCGGAUGCAGAUGGCCGCUCUGGCCGUGGCAGGGCGCACCUUCAUUUGAUCCCCGUCUCCCUUGUCAGCGUAACGAAUAGACUCGUGGACCUCAACCCUCCGUGAAGUCUACAGAGCAGUUGCCCUUCUUUCGGCGUAUGAGUAGAAUUGGCAACAACAAGUAUUGUCUUCCUCCACCUAGUCUAGGCAGCAGCCAUCCUGCUUUCUCUUCUCCUCCCUCUAUUUUGAUGAGACUUUUUUUUAUGUU